CGGCGGCGGCGGCCCAGCGCCAGGACGACGCCGCGCAGCGCCGGACGCGGACCACUUUCAUGCUGAUUCCCCCGGACCCGGGCAGCGCUCCGGCCACUCCGCGGGCCGCCGGCCUCCGCCCCGGCCUGCCGGGCUUUCUGGGCGCGCCCGCGACCGGCGCCUCCGCUCUCCCAGUCGUCCUGAUUUCGAUGGCUUUCCUGAAUGGCUGACUGUGGGCUGCCCUGGACUUGGCCCCCGGACAGUCGCCUCUCCUCCUCCUCUUCCUCCUCCUCUUCCUCCUCCUACUCCAACUCCUCGGCACACCAGCUCUGAGAGCGAGAGAGUGAACGAGAGAGGGAGGGAGAGAGUGAGAGCGAGCGAGAUCUUUGGAGAGAUUUUUUUUUUUUUUUUUUUUUGCCUCCUACUUCUGUCUUGAAGCCAGACAAUCGACUUGCAGCUCUCCCUCCCCUCCCUCUCUCUCCACGUUCUGCUCCCACUCUCUCUCCCCUGGCCCCUUCCCCUCCCCUCCGGGCGGAAAGCCCCCCGAAACCAACAAAGCUGAGCCGAGGGAAACAAACAAAACAAACACACCGGGCCAGACAAGCCAUCGACAAAACUUUGCAAAAGCAGAAACAAAAAAGGAAAAACUAAUCAACCUCAACCAACCAGCCCCCGAGCCACCCGGGGCGCCCUCCCGCGCCCUCUCGCACCCUCGCACACACAAAAGGCGGCGCGCCGGAGCCCGAGACCCGGGAGCCGCCGCCGCCCGCAGCCAGGGGAGCAGGAAGUCCGGACGCGGCCCCCAUAGAUAUGGCAAUGGUAGUCAGCACGUGGCGCGACCCCCAGGACGAGGUGCCCGGCUCGCAGGGCAGCCAGGCCUCGCAGGCGCCGCCUGUGCCCGGCCCGCCGCCCGGCGCCCCGCACACGCCACAGACGCCGGGCCAAGGGGGCCCGGCCAGCACGCCGGCCCAGACGGCGGCCGGUGGCCAGGGCGGCCCCGGCGGCCCGGGCGGCGACAAGCAGCAGCAGCAGCAACACAUCGAGUGCGUGGUGUGCGGGGACAAGUCAAGCGGCAAGCACUACGGCCAGUUCACGUGCGAGGGCUGCAAGAGCUUCUUCAAGCGCAGCGUGCGGAGGAACCUGAGCUACACGUGCCGCGCCAACCGGAACUGUCCCAUCGACCAGCACCACCGCAACCAGUGCCAGUACUGCCGCCUCAAAAAGUGCCUCAAAGUGGGCAUGAGACGGGAAGCGGUGCAGAGGGGCCGGAUGCCGCCCACCCAGCCAACCCACGGGCAGUUUGCGCUCACCAACGGGGACCCUCUCAACUGCCACUCGUACCUGUCCGGAUAUAUUUCUCUGCUGCUGCGCGCCGAGCCCUACCCCACGUCGCGCUUCGGCAGUCAGUGCAUGCAGCCCAACAACAUCAUGGGCAUCGAGAACAUUUGCGAACUGGCCGCGCGGAUGCUCUUCAGCGCCGUCGAGUGGGCCCGGAACAUCCCCUUCUUCCCUGACCUGCAGAUCACCGACCAGGUGGCCCUGCUUCGCCUCACCUGGAGCGAGCUGUUCGUGCUCAAUGCAGCCCAGUGCUCCAUGCCCCUCCACGUCGCCCCGCUCCUGGCCGCCGCCGGCCUACACGCCUCUCCCAUGUCCGCCGACCGAGUGGUCGCCUUUAUGGACCACAUACGGAUCUUCCAAGAGCAAGUGGAGAAGCUCAAAGCACUGCACGUCGACUCCGCCGAGUACAGCUGUCUCAAGGCCAUAGUCCUGUUCACCUCAGAUGCCUGUGGUCUCUCUGAUGUAGCCCAUGUGGAAAGCUUGCAGGAAAAGUCCCAGUGUGCUUUGGAAGAAUACGUUAGGAGCCAGUACCCCAAUCAACCAACGCGAUUUGGAAAGCUUUUGCUUCGCCUCCCUUCCCUCCGCACGGUCUCCUCCUCAGUCAUAGAGCAAUUGUUUUUCGUCCGUUUGGUAGGUAAAACCCCCAUCGAAACCCUCAUCCGGGAUAUGUUACUGUCCGGCAGCAGUUUUAACUGGCCGUAUAUGGCAAUUCAAUAAAUAAUAAAUCAAAAUAAGAAGGGGCAGUGAAACAGAGAGAAAGAAAAGGCAAAAGACUGGUUUGUUUGCUUAAAUUCCUUCUGUUAAGAAAGGAUAUAAAAGGAUGUUACAAGUUUGCUAAAAGAAGAGAGGGGAAGAAUUUAAUGGACUGUGAAUUUCAAAAAAAAAAGACUGUCAAAUGAACUUUUACAGAAUGCAUUAAAAAAACAAAAACUCCUGUGUCGGUCAGAGCAACUUGCUACUUAUCAUUUUUGUAUAAAAAGGAAAUUAGUCUUUUUCUUUUUUUGGUAAAUUUUUGAAAAAUAUUGCUAAAAGUGCAUUUAAGGAGAUUGGGAGAAAAUUAGCAGAAUGGAGAAAGUAAGUCUUUUUUUUUUUUCCAAAUUAUUAAUUGUCCUGUGUCUAUGUACCUCUAGCUGUUCUUUUUUGUACUUUUCUGGUUCCAAACCAGUUUAUUCUGUGGUUCUAUAAUAAGUUUUGAUAUAAUCUUGGCUUCUUAAAAACUGUGUAUCCUUAAAAUAUAUGUUCUGCAAGAAUUAAAACUGAGUCCAUGAAAAUAUCAUAGGAAGACAUAAAACUUUAAAAGGCAACUCAGAGAUGAUGGAAACGCACUUAGAAGUGGUGACCAAAAAUUUUAGGCGAAGUUGAGCACUCUUAAUUUGAGAACUGGAGGAACCACAUACACUUAACUUCCCCACCCUGCCCCCCCCAAAAAAGACACCAUGACAAACCUAGCUUUUUAAAAAUAUUUUAAGAAAGAGAAUGAACUGUGGAAUUUAUUGGCAGCCAAGGAAUGUGUCCAAGACACAUGCUGAGGUUUUGAAUAAAAAGUGAACUUUUGUAAUUUGAAUUGGGUCCCGCUUAGUUCUUGAAUUGUUACAAAAAUCCUAUAUCUGUUUGUAUAUUUGCAAACCCUUUGUAUUAUAAUUGUUGAUAUUUUCCCUUUUUAAAAAAUACCAUUGAAAUCAGCAUGACAAAAUAACACUGUUGGCACUUAUAGGUAACGUGAUUGAUUCAGUAUCUUAGAGUUUACAGUUUGUGUUUUAAAAAAAACUGAAGGUUUUUUUUUUAAGUGCAACAUUUCUGUAUACUGUAAAAGUUAUAAUAACUGAACUGUUUGGUCGAGUCUUUGUGUGUUAUAUUCCAAGGAAAAUUGAAAGUAUUCAGAAAUUAAAAUAUUAUUUGAUAUCUGAAA